AUGAUUUUCAACUUAAACAAUAGUAAUAAUAUUUCAAAUAAUAAAGCUAAUAUGUCUAAUAAUGCUUCAAUGAUCAAUAAUUCGAAUGUGAACAAUUCUAUAGAGAUGCAGAUGCGGUUGCAGAUGCAAAUACAGAUGCAAAGACAAAGGCAGAAUUAUAAUAAUAAUAUAUUUGGUGAGCAUGCCAUUGAAGAAGCCUUUAAUACUGCAUUAAAAAGAUCAGUAAGACAUUUCGACAAUGAUACUGAAGAAAAUGAAGAAUACCAUAAUACUAAUAAGCGAAUCAGAAAGAGUAACCCUACUCCUGAUGACAUUUUCCAUCGAAUGAGUGAUAUAAAUUGUGAUAAAAAUGAUACAAGUAUAAAAAAUGUUAAUAGUUUUAGUAUGAUCACACCUAUUCAAACACCUAUUGAAUACACUUUAAUGGAAAUGACUAAAUUCAACCAGCAACGACAAGCACAAUUUUCCUCGAAUAAUUGUAUAGACAUUCCUAAUGAAAAGCAACUUGGGAUGUUUUAUUCAGAAGCAGAAGAUUACAUGUUAGAAGGGUAUUACAACCAGGUGAUGCUGGAAAAGAAACCCACGCUUCAAAAUAAUUACUCUGAAGGGAUAGAUAUUGAAAUGUAA